AUGGACUUGCUAGGCCCCAUGGAGAUAACGGAUGGCUCCCUCUGCUCCUUCUCGGCGGCCGACGACUUUUACGAUGACCCCUGCUUCAACACCUCGGACAUGCACUUCUUCGAGGACCUGGACCCGCGGCUGGUGCACGUGGGUGGCUUGCUGAAGCCGGAGGAGCACCCCCACCACCACGCGCACCACCACGAGGACGAGCACAUCAGGGCGCCCAGCGGCCACCACCAGGCCGGCCGCUGCCUGCUGUGGGCUUGCAAAGCCUGCAAGCGGAAGACCACCAACGCCGACCGGCGGAAGGCGGCCACCAUGCGGGAGCGGCGGCGGCUCAGCAAGGUGAACGAGGCGUUCGAGACGCUCAAGCGCUGCACCUCCACCAACCCCAACCAGCGCCUGCCCAAGGUGGAGAUCCUGCGCAACGCCAUCCGCUACAUCGAGAGCCUGCAGGCGCUGCUGCGGGAGCAGGAGGACAGCUACUACCCGGGGCUGGAGCACUACAGCGGCGAGUCGGACGCCUCCAGCCCCCGCUCCAACUGCUCCGACGGCAUGAUGGAGUACAGUGGGCCCUCUUGCAGCUCUCGCAGGAGGAAUAGCUAUGACAGCAAUUACUAUACAGAAUCACCAAAUGAUCCAAAACAUGGGAAAAGUUCAGUUGUCUCCAGCCUGGACUGUCUAUCAAGCAUUGUGGAGAGGAUUUCCACAGAUAACUCCACCUGCCCAGUGCUGCCCACAGUGGAAGGUGGAGCUGAGGGCAACCCGAGCUCGCCCCAAGAAGGAGCUACCCUGAGUGAGAGUGGAGCCCAAAUUCCCUCACCUACCAACUGCACCCAGAUUCCCCAGGACACCAGCAGCAGCAAUCCCAUCUACCAGGUGUUAUAAAGCCAGGUCCAGCUGCUUUGUUGUGCAAACACAAACUGCUAUAUGCUGCAAGCUCAAAGACCUGCCUUGAAAAGACUUAAGUAUUUCUUUUUCCAGUACUAAAAUAUCUCUGAAAAUUCCUUCAAAUAUAUAAUUUUUCAAGCCUAUAUUACUUCAAAAUACACUUAAUUAUUUAUUGGUUGUUGAACUAAAGCUAUUUAAUAUGUCUAGAGGUAAAAUUGCAUAGCACAAGAUGGCCAAUGUUUAUAAUCUGUGCUUUGGGGAAUGGGAACCUGGCUCUUGAGUUCUGAUAACACUUUUGAAAAGAAGAAAACGAGUCAGGAGUAAUGACAUGAGACAUCCUUACUGUUACCCCCAAUCAUGCCCAAAAUAAGGUUGUGGACCAUUUUUUAUAAUACUUUUUUGUAUAAUUGUAAAUAAGAGUUGCUUUGCAAAAAAACCCACCCCAAACAAAAAUACAAAAAAAAGAAUUAAAUAUUUAAUGUUGCUUGGUUUGUUGUGCCAAACUUUAACUUUAUAUAUUUAUACAAUGUGAUUGCCCAGAAUGUUUUCAACAAUAUUCUAAAUAAAGAUCCUUAUUUAUAAAAUCAGUGGUGUUAUUCUGACUUUCCUUAGGGCUUCUAGAAUUACUACCACAUUUAGGAGUGGUGCUCCAAGGGCUGC